GCAGCGACUGGAAGGACUUGGAACUUUAGAGGGGUAGUUCUUUAGAGUCAUCCUCCUCUCGCUAUAGACUCCUUAGCUCGGCUCUCUCAGACUCGCUGUUGCUUUGAUCUCCUCCUUAACAACAGUUAACGUCAUCGCAUAGCCCUCUGAAGGAGAGUUUUGUCUAGAAGCGUUGGAGCUCUCAGAGGGCUACAUUGUAGGAACAGCAAGCAGCAUCCACGGAGCCUCACUCACUCCUAACAAGAAGCACAUCUUUUGAUUAUUUAUUCAGCCCAGAAAACGCAAGCUACUACCGCAAAAGAUAUGGAACACCAGCUGCUGUGCUGUGAAGUGGAAACCAUCAGAAGGGCUUACCAAGACGCCAACUUACUAAAUGACCGAGUUCUACAGACAAUGCUCAAAGCAGAGGAAAAUUACCUUCCGUCUCCGAAUUACUUCAAGUGUGUCCAGAAAGAAAUAAUACCUAAAAUGAGGAAAAUUGUGGCUACAUGGAUGUUAGAGGUCUGCGAGGAACAGAAAUGCGAGGAGGAGGUUUUUCCCCUGGCUAUGAACUACUUGGAUAGAUUUUUGUCUGUGGAGCUCACAAAUAAAACCAGAUUACAACUCCUGGGAGCUACUUGUAUGUUUUUGGCCUCAAAGAUGAAGGAAACGGUCCCUUUAACUGCAGAGAAGUUGUGCAUUUACACCGACAACUCCAUCCGGCCCAGCGAUCUAUUGCAAAUGGAACUACUGACUCUAAACAAGUUGAAAUGGGAUCUAGCAUCAGUAACACCUCACGAUUUCAUAGACCAUUUCCUCUCCAAGCUACCAGUCCAUCAGAACACGAAGCAGAUUCUGCGCAAGCAUGCCCAGACAUUCGUGGCUCUCUGUGCAACAGAUGUCAAAUUCAUCGCCAACCCUCCCUCCAUGAUCGCAGCGGGCAGUGUGGCAGCAGCGGUCCAGGGGCUGUACCUAAAGAGCAAAGAUGGUGCACUGUCAUCUCAGAACCUAACCAACUUUCUGUCCCAAGUCAUCAGGAGUGACCCGGACUGCCUGAGGUCGUGUCAGGAACAGAUUGAGUCUCUGCUUGAGUCUAGUCUGAGACAGGCACAGCAACAUAAUGUCUCCACAGAAACAAAAAGGGUAGAUGAGGAUGUGGACCUGUCCUGCACCCCUACAGACGUGAGGGACAUUAACAUUUGAGUGGCAUCCUCCGCAUUUUUGGGGAAAUAUCUUUGAGGCUCUGGCCUUACUAAGAGGCCAUCUGGGAAAAGAGGACACCAGCGCACCCUUGAGUCGUCACCCUCUGAACACCCUCUGGCAAAUGCUUUUGUGCCACACCUGUUACGGUGCCCCGGCCUGUAUGGCCUUACCAGUGACGUGUGGCCGCCCUCAGCCAGGGCUGUCAAGAAAGGACUGAACACCUCACUUUUCUGAGACCACCAGUCAUAUUCCCUCUCACUUUCCAUCCUGUCUUGCUCAAGACCUAGACAAGGAUGAUAGCAAAAUGAAUUCUUAUGGAAGAUACACAACUAUAUGGAUGAAACAAAAACAUUAUAGUUUAUGUGCAAGAUUAAGCCACAGAAAUAUACAUUGUUACCACCCGAUGUUGAACUAGGAUUUUUAAAUACCAUAGACUGACUUUACAUGCUUACUUAAAACAUUCAAAAUAACAAGUAGGUAUUUUUAGUCUCUUUGUCUAGGUUUUUAUUUGAAGUAUACAUUCAUUUAUAAGAGAAGGGGCAUUUUUGUUCUCUAAUAGAUAGGCAUUUUGCUUGCUAUCAAAG